UUAAGGGGGAUGAUUUGAGGAGCUUGAGCACGGCUGCGGGCGCGCUGCACUUGGCAGCACCAGAAGGGCGGGAGGAGGGUUUGGCGGCUUGUCGGUGCAUGUGUGGUAUUUUGUUUCUGCUGCUCUCGAAGGGUCUGCUGCUGCUUAAGGAGCAUUCCGUUAACGUGGAAGACCAGUUUUCCGGAGAGGCCGCCAAACCACUUGUGCCACCAGCGGCAAACGGUUUUUCUGGCGUUGGAACACAUAUUCGCUUGAGAGGACUUCCUUGGGACGUGAAUGAAGAUGCCAUCAUCCGGUUUUUGAAGCCAGUUGUUGACGUUACAGAGUUGGAUGUUUGUGUUUGCGUUGGCCUUAACAAGCGCGUGACGGGCGAGGCAUAUGUGAACGUUCAUUCAACAGAUAUGCGGGACGUGGCAGUGCGGACGCUUCAUGGUCGCAUGAUGGGUCCACGGUGGAUAGAGGUGUUCCGGUCAAGUGCCGAAGACUUUGAAAGGGCCAUGCAACGAAGGGUAGCUGUAAUGAGCUCAGGCACGAAGGACGGCCGGGACGCAGAUGUUAAGGGCCUUAACUUGGUUUGUGGUGACCAACCCUUUUCUUCAGAGCAUGGUUUCGAUAUUGGGCUGGACUCUGUUGUCCUGGGGGUUGCGGUGGACGGAAGGAUGAACGGAAUUGCGUACGUCGAGCUAACCGACGCUGCCACUGCAGAUGCAGCGAAGGAGAAACUGCACAGAAAGUACCUUGGUCGGAGAUUUGUUGAGCCUUCGCCGUCGCUUGUGUCCCUUUUUUCGUGUCAGGCUCGCAUGAUGAGCGGAACUGCCCAAGGACCCUACAGCGGAGGAUACGGGGUAGGACCGCAGGCAUAUGGAGCCAUCGGGGGAGGUAUGGCGUCCACCCAAGCUUACGGUGGCAUGGAUGGUAUGGGCGGUCCUCAGGGAAGCUAUGCUGGCUACAGCGCUCCCAGCCACGAUAUGUACGGAGGGUAUGCGAGCGCUGUUCAGCAGGCUGCGUAUGGCCAAGCAUCUCCACAAGGUGCACAGCCGGUGCCUGCACAGGAUGCAGGCCCAGUUCCUGCCGGAUGGAGCUAUACUGUAUUGAGACUCCGGGGAAUGCCAUUCAAUGCUAAUGAACAACAUAUUGUGCAAUUUUUCCAAGGUUUUCACAUGACGGCAAUUCUCCCCUCAACCAUCCCGAUAGAUGGCCGGCCGUCUGGAGAGGCCUAUGUCCAGUUUUCUGAUGUUAGUGAGACAUGGAGAGCCUUGCAGACGAGGAAUGGUGCUCGUAUGGAUAGGCGAUAUAUUGAGCUUUUCCCAGCAAGCAAGCAGGAGAUGACGUUUGCAGCACAAGGCGGAGACCCGCGGGGUGGGUCGAGUGACGCAGGUCACCAAUGGGCACGCAUCUAG